AUGUUAAGCACGGUGACGAGCAAAAUUAUAGAAACCCGAGUAUAUGAUGGGCAAAAGCCGGGUACGUCCGGAUUGCGAAAAGCCGUGCGGAUAUUUAUGCAAGAACAUUAUACGGAAAAUUUUAUUCAAGCAAUAUUGCAAGCUCUUGGGGAACAAUUGCUUGGUAGUACGUUAGUCGUUGGUGGCGAUGGAAGGUAUUAUGGGAAAGAGGUAGUUAAAAAAAUCAUCAGGAUUGCAGCAGCCAAUGGAGUAAAGAAAUUAAUAGUCGGGCAAAAUGGAAUACUUUCGACUCCAGCUGUGUCUACUAUAAUAAGAAAAUACAAAACUUUAGGUGGAAUUGUCCUAACAGCGUCUCACAAUCCUGGUGGACCUGAUGCUGAUUUUGGUAUUAAAUUCAAUUGUGAAAAUGGUGGCCCUGCUCCGGAUAAUGUCACAAACAAGAUUUAUGAGACUACUAAAGUGCUCAAAAAUUAUAAAAUUAUACCUGAUAUAGCUGUAGAUAUAGACAAGAUACAUAGUACUACAAUUCAGGUGGAUGAAAAUCCAUUUACAGUAGAAAUAAUAGAUUCUGUGGAUGAUUACUUGGAACAUAUGAAGAAUAUCUUUGACUUUUUUAGUAUUAAAACAUUGUUGCAAGGAAGUAAUGAUCGUCCUGCUUUUAAAGUUCUUAUCAAUGCAAUGAAUGGAGUCACUGGUCCGUAUGUAAAACGAAUAUUUAGUCACGAAUUAGGCGUUGAUGAUUCAAGUAUUGUUAAUGCAACUCCGUUAGAAGAUUUCGGUGGACUUCAUCCUGAUCCAAAUUUAACGUAUGCCAAAGAUUUAGUAAAUGCUAUAAAAAAUGGUCCGUAUGACUUUGGUGCUGCUUUUGACGGAGAUGGAGACAGAAAUAUGAUACUAGGCAAAAAUGCUUUCUUUGUUACACCUUCUGAUUCGUUAGCUGUAUUAGCUGCCAACUUAAAUUCAAUACCAUAUUUUAAAAAGACUGGUAUCAAAGGAUAUGCUAGAUCCAUGCCAACAGGCGCUGCGGUAGAUAGAGUUGCAGUUAAAACUGGUGUUAAAUUAUAUGAAGUACCCACAGGCUGGAAAUAUUUUGGUAAUUUAAUGGAUGCUGGUCAUCUGUCACUCUGUGGAGAAGAAAGUUUUGGGACAGGUUCAGAUCAUAUUCGCGAAAAAGAUGGAAUAUGGGCUUGUCUCGCGUGGCUUAGUGUAGUUGCAAAUCUUGGAAAGUCUGUAGAAGAUGUAUUAUUAAAUCAUUGGCAGACGUAUGGAAGGAAUUUCUUUACAAGAUAUGAUUAUGAAAACUGUGAUUCUGAAGCUGCAAAUAAAAUGAUGCAUCACGUUGAGUCAGAAAUACAGAAACCUGAAUUUGCGAGUUCAAAAUUAACAUCUGGAAGUAAAACAUAUGUCGUAAAAUUAGGCGAUAAUUAUUCGUAUGUAGAUCCUAUUGAUGGAAGCCAAGCUAGUAAACAGGGGUUAAGAAUUCUAUUUCAAGAUGGUUCUCGUAUAAUUUAUCGUUUAUCUGGUACGGGAAGUUCUGGAGCUACUAUUCGCGUGUAUGUCGAUAGCUAUGAAGAUGAUCCAGCAUCUUUGAACAAAGAUGCUCAAGAAGUUCUUAAACCAUUGGUUGCUAUUGCGUUAGAAAUAAAAUGAAGAUAUUACAAAACAUAUCGGAACGAUAAAUGUAAAUGAAUGUACAUUGGAUGAUUGUAUUGAAGAAGAAAUUUUUGUUAAAAAUACUGACACUUCUAAAAAUUUAAUGGUAGCAAUGAAACAUCAUACAUACGAAAAAGAAGAAAUUAACAAAAAUGAUGAUAACAAAAUUGGUUGUUUCAUAACGAAAACAUUUAAAUAUAUUGAAUCAUCACCUACAGGUUCUGAAAGAAAAAAAAAACAUAUUAUUUUAUGUGACAAUAAAAAUAAAACUUUCACAUCGGAAACAGAGAUAUUAAAAUUUACAAAAAAGAAUACAUCACCUAGCAAUGAUGAUAUUUUAGAAGAUAUUCAAAAUCAUCGUAAAGAAAUACUUAGAAAUAUUAAAUCAAUAUUGUAUCUUUGGUGAGUAUUUGGAAAUAUACAAAUCAUAUUUUCAAGUUUUUAAUUUAUUAUUUCUUUCUUUCUAGUAACUAUAUUAAUAUUAUGCGUGAGGUUAUACUUCAACAAAUUCAUAAGAAACAGUCCAAUGAAAGACGUCAGAAAGUUAUUCUCAGAGAUAGAUAAAAUUUAUUAUAUAACAAAUAUUAUAUAAUAUUUCAAUAUAAGAAUCUUCAUAAUUAUUAGGAAUUAAAAAUUUCAAUUGUUUUUAUUUGUUUCAUGCCAUAUCAAAGUCAUCUCUCUGUAAUAUAACAAUGUACAAAAUUAAUAAACACAGUAAAUACAAAGAAACAUAUUAUAGGACAUGGAUGUAUACUUACAGCAUCGUUGUAUUCCAAUACAUAUUUCUUAAUAGCAGAUGUGUCCACCCAAGUAACAAAAUCUUCCAAGUUUCUAGAAAAAUAACAUUUAAAAAAAUUAUAAGGCAUAUGUGCCAAUUAUUAAUUGAUUGUCUUACUCUUUUUUUAUUAUUUUAAAGUAUUUAGUUUAGUUUACCUUGUGACCAGAAAAGCUGGAUCUUUUACAACUUCUGUACCAACUCUAACAUGACCUUGUUCUAUUAAUUGUGUUGCCAUUUUUAAAUUUUGACUCAUUUUAUUUCGUACCAUAACAACUGGCAAUCGUCUUCUACAAAAUGAACUUGCGCUGACUUUUUGCGUUAGUAAUAAAUCCCAUUUUGUUGCUAUAAGUCCCAUUAUAUACAAUUUUUCCAACAAUAACGCACUCUGUUCUAUUCGAAAUGGAUGUUCCGCAUCAAUUUCUUUAAUUUUUUUCCCUAAUUCGCGAAUUUCUCGUGCUAAUUUAUUAUACCUGGAAUAAUUGAAAAUUUGUUAUUUAACUGAUAUUUAAUUAAUUUAAUAUAAUUUGAUGUUAGUAAAACUACAAUAGACUUACUUCGUAUAGUCGUCUCUUUUUUGUAUUCGAUAACGUUUCAGAAUUUUCACUUCGUGCAGAUUGUUAUCUGCUUCCCAUGAUAUAAAAUCGACUUUCUUCAGCAAUUUUUGUUCGUGAUAUUUUAAUUUUCGUACCAUGAUUGUGUGAGAAACGGGAAUAACAGUAGGGAGAUAAAGCGAUGAAAAUUUGAUUAAUAAGGAAAGAUAUCUACUUUGAUUCCGAUAUUUUUCGAUGCAUAUUUUGAUAUUUUGUGAAUAAAUGACAAUAUCUAUAUAUUUAUAAUUAUUCUAGGCUUAA